AUGGCUGACAAGACUGGGAUUGUCGACACAAACGAUAACCAGCAGGGUCACCCUGCCCACGGCCAACCCACUCAAUCGCCCACUGCGACUUCAACAACAGCCGCGUCGACAACAGCCGCGGCGCCUCCUCCGACCGAAGAGAUCAAAGGCGGCGUCAGUGGUGGCGGUCUCCCUUCGCCUCAACAGCAGUAUCAGCACGGAAGCUAUUCCAAUGGCAAUUCCAAUGGCAAGACAAAGGGGAAGGACUUGCAGGUGGAAGAGACUGAGCACCACGAACACAAGGACGAGAUUUCACCCGAGCUCGAGGCCUUUUUGCACACAGACCCGAUGCACGGACUAGACGAUGAAGAAGUCCAGAAAAGGCUGGAGAACUUUGGACCCAACUCGUUCAAAGAGAGCAAGAAAAACCCGAUCCUCAAGUUCCUAGGAUACUUUACGGGUGCGAUUGCAUACCUCAUUGAGGUUGCAUGUAUCAUCUCUGCCGUUGUCGGGGAUUGGCUGGACUUUGGUAUUAUCCUUGCCCUGUUACUCGUCAACGCCUGUAUCGGAUUCAUCGAGGAGGCCAAGGCGGAAUCAGCCCUCGACGCCCUCCGACAGACGCUCGCGCUCAAGACACGUUGCUGGCGUAAUGGCCAUCUAGUCGAGCUCGACACCAGUGCCCUCGUCCCUGGAGAUGUGAUUGUCCUGCGCCUUGGUGACAUUAUCCCUGCCGACGGUCGACUCCUGGGCAUUGGCGUUACGGGUGAGGCGACUGAGGGCGAUCUCUUGAUUGACCAGUCUGCCCUCACGGGCGAGUCCCUCCCUGUGGGCAAGAAGAAGGGUGAUGUUGUCUACUCGUCUUCGAUUGUCAAGCAGGGUCAGCAGAUGGCUGUUGUGACCAAGACUGGUAUCAACACCUUCAUCGGGCGUGCUGCCAACCUUAUCUCGAUCACCGCCGAGGAGGGUCACUUCCAGAAGAUCAUCAACCGGAUCGGCAACUUUUUGAUCCUCAUUACCGUCGUCCUUGUGGGUAUCAUCCUCAUCUACCAGCUGGUUCAUUUCCAUGGUACAGAUGAGGGCAAGUUCUUAACCGUCCUCGGUAAAGUCCUCGUCCUCACUGUCGCCGCCAUCCCUGUCGGUCUUCCUACCGUCAUGUCCGUCACCAUGGCCAUCGGUGCCAAACAGCUCGCCGCCAAGCAGGUCAUUGUCAAGCGUCUGACAGCUGUCGAAGAGAUGGCCUCCGUCUCGGUCCUGUGCUCUGACAAGACUGGUACCCUGACCCUUAACGAGCUGACAUUCGACGAGCCCUACCUUGCCAACAACUAUUCUGCCGAAGAUAUCCUCCUUUACUCGUACCUUGCUGCUGAGCCCGGUGCCAACGAUCCUAUCGAGCUCGCUGUCCGUACUGCUGCCGAGGAACAAUUGCCGCUCCUCCAGAACCGUACCCACAAGCAUGAUGUCCCUGGAUUCAAGGUGACUUCUUUCUUGCCCUUCAACCCUGCGACCAAACUGACCCAGGCUACGAUCAACAACAAAGAGUCUGGCGAGACGUUCAAGGUUGCCAAGGGUGCACCACAGGUCAUUAUCAAGCUCGUAGGAGGAGAUGAUGAUGCUGUCCGUGCUGUCAAUGCGAUGGCCAAGCGUGGUCUUCGUGCCCUCGGUGUUGCUCGCACCCACGGCGAAUCGAUGGAUGAGUUUGAGCUCAUUGGUAUGAUCGCGUUGAUUGACCCCCCGCGCCCUGACUCUGCAGAUACCAUUGCUCGGUGCAAGCAUAUGGGGGUCGAUGUCAAGAUGGUCACCGGAGACCAGCUGAUCAUUGCCAAGGAAGUGGCGCAUCGUCUCGGCCUCACCCGUGUCAUCCUCGAUGCCAAUCACCUGGUCGAUCCCAACAAGUCUGACGAGGAGGUCACCGAGCACUGUAUCCGAGCCGAUGGGUUCGCUCAGGUCAUCCCCGAGCACAAGUACCGUGUCGUCGAGUUGCUCCAGAAGCGUGGCAUCAUUGUCGGAAUGACGGGCGAUGGAGUCAACGAUGCCCCCGCGCUCAAGAAGGCCAAUGUCGGAAUUGCGGUCCAUGGAUGCACAGAUGCGGCUCGAUCCGCCGCGGAUAUUGUGUUGCUUGCCCCGGGACUGUCGACGAUUGUGGAUGGUUUGAUGACCUCGAGAGCGAUCUUCCAGAGGAUGCGGUCGUAUGCAUUGUACAGAAUCACGUCGACGAUCCAUUUCUUGAUGUUCUUCUUUGUCGUCGUCAUGGCCUUUGACUGGAGCCUUCCUGCCCAUUUGCUUAUCUUGAUCUGCAUCCUCAACGAUCUCGCGACCCUUGUUAUUGCCGUCGACAAUGCCCAGCUGUCACCACACCCAGACAAGUGGAGAAUUGGACAACUGAUCUUCAUGUCCUUCACCCUCGCCAUCUUCCUCUGCGCCCUUUCCUUUGCCCAUUUCUUCAUCUUCUGGAAAGUUUUCGGCUACGAACCCGUAACAACCCCCGGCGACGGACCCGAACACCGUCUCGAAUCCGUCAUGUACCUUCACAUCUCCUCCGCACCUCAUUUCGUCAUUUUCUCGACCCGUCUCACAGGCUACUUCUGGGUCAACCUGCCCUCGCCCUUGUUUGCGACGGUGAUUAUCGGCACGCAGAUUAUUGCGCUCUUGAUGGUUGUCUUUGGAGGGUUGACGCCUAAGAUCCCAUUCUCGCAGGCGAUUGUGAUCCUCCUGAUCUCGUUCGCCUAUUUCAUUUUCUUGGAUGCGAUCAAGGUCCAGAUGUUCAAGAUGUGGUCGUUCGAAUUGACGGCACAGUUUGUGAGAACUCCCGCGAGGAGGAAGAAGCUCGCAGAGCGGAGGGCUCGGAAGAAGCAGCAGGAGGCUGUAUGGAAGGAUAUUGACAAGAUCCGUGAGAUUGUGUUGAAGUUGAAGUGUCUCGAGGCUUUGAAUGAGCAACCCCGAGAGGAAGGGCAGACGGCGGAGUAUCCUCAGGAACAAAAGGGAGAGAAGGCGGAGAUUGGCGAGAUGGAGGAGAUUAGGGCUCUUGCGAAUCAAGGUGGUGCUGGUGGGAGUGGAAGUGGGACCAUCGCAGAUGUGAACGAGAAGGACGAGUAUGUUAAGGGGGAGGACAAUUUGCGUAACGCGUGA